UGUCCAUCUUGUGUUCAGUAUCAGGUCACUCCUCUGUCCAUCUUGUGUUCAGUAUCAGGUCACUCCUCUGGGUCGCCUAACUCACAUGAUGUGGGGGCAACUGUGGAAUUGGGUUCAGGGAACCACCCAGAACCAAAGUCCAGACACGGGUCAGGCGUUUAGCUUUGCUAAUCUAGACCCUGGAACUGUGCAGAGAGUCUUGACGAGUCACAAGGACAGGAUGCUGGAUGACUUUGACUGUAUAUUUGAAGGACUACAACAGAGAGGAAGUAAAACUCCACUUAACAAGAUCUACACACAGCUCUACAUCAUCGAAGGAGAGAGUGACGAUGUGAACAAUGAGCAUGAAGUGUGGCAGACCAAUAAGAUGUCCAGAAAAACAGAUGACACGCCCAUCGAUUGUAAUGAAAAGAGGCGCAUCAGGACCGUGAUGACCAAGGGCAUUGCUGGCAUUGGAAAGACGGUGUCCGUGCAGAAGUUCAUUCUCGACUGGGCAGACGGAAAAGCUAACCAGGAAGUCCACCUGCUCCUUUUGCUUCCUCUCAGAGAGCUGAACUUGCUCAAAAAUAAUAUCAGUCUUCACAAUCUCCUGCUGAAGUUCUACCCAGAGCUGAAGCCACUGAGGGAAACACUGUACGGCGACCUACAGGUGGUCUUCAUCCUUGAUGGCAUGGAUGAAAGCACACUUCCACUGAACUUCCAGAGUGACUUUGUGAGUGAUGUUACAGAGACUACGACAUUAGACGUGCUGGUCACCAACCUCAUCAAGGGAAACCUGCUCCGUAGCGCCUGUAUAUGGAUGACCUCGCGCCCUGCAGCCGCUGGUCAAAUCCCAUCUGAGUACGUUGACCGCAUCACAGAAGUGCACGGGUUUAAAAAGGAACAGAGGGAGGAGUACUUCAUGAAGAGGAUUGAUGAUCAGGAUCGAGCUCAGCAAAUCUUUAGUCACAUUAAGACCAAACAGAGCAUCUACAUCAUGUGCCACAUACCAGUUUUCUGUUACAUUGCAGCAACUGUUCUGCUGGAAAUGUUGGGUGAAUAUGACAGUGCGGAAAUUCCCUCAACUCUUACAGAAAUGUACAUUUACUUUCUGAUUAUUCAGCUUGACAAGAAAAAACGAAAAUAUGAUGGUGUGAAACCAGACAAAAGGAACAUCCUGGAGGCAAAUCGGGUAACCAUCUUAAGGUUGUCUGAACUGGCUUUUAGAAAUCUUGAAAAUGGCACUGUACUGUUUGAUGAAGAUGUCCUGAAGUCACGUGGCAUGGAAACAGCUUCUCUGCAGUCUGGCCUGUGUACGGAAAUUCUCAGAGAAGAACCCAAGUUUGUGUUGAAGCCAUUCUACUGCUUUGUGCAUCUGAGCCUUCAGGAGUUCCUGGCUGCUUUAUUUGUUUUUGUCUCUUUCAUGAAUGAGGACAUGGCAGCACUGGAAUCUUUUCAAAGUAAAACCCAAAAGGUUUUCCUCUACCUCUUGCUGAAGAAAGCUGUAGAAAAGUCUCUGCAGAGCAAAAACGGACAUUGGGAUCUUUUCUUGCGUUUCCUUCUGGGCAUCUCGCUCGAGUCCAGUCAGAAACUCCUUGAAGGCCUGCUGACACGCCCAUUAUCAGAGAACAGGAAGGAGAACCUCAAAAGCCUGGAAUUAAUUAUCAAACACUUAAAAGGCGUGGGAGGAAAAAACAUCUCCCCUGAUCAAUUCAUCAACCUCAUCAACUGCCUUUCUGAGAUGAAGGACCGCUCACUGCAGAACGACCUGCAGAGUUUCAUCUAUGAGAAACAACAAGAAGCAGAACUCUCACCAGCCCACUGUUCCGCCUUAGCAGACGCCCUCCUGAAGUCCGAGGAUGUUUUGGACGAGUUUGACAUUGGCAAAUACAACACAACAGAGGACGGAGAGCAGAGACUUGUCCCAGUUGUGAAAUGGUGCAGAAAAGCUCGUCUUACAUGUUGCAAUCUGAAUGAGCAGUCUUGUGAGAUUGUGGCCUCAGUCUUGCAGUCAGCGUCAUCAUACUUGAAGGAGCUGUACCUGGAUUCUAGCACCAUGCCAGACUCAGGCCUGAAGGCUGUCUGUGGCUCCCUAACAAACUCCAACUGUAUGCUUGAGAGGCUAAGUCUUGCUGGCUGCAGUCGUACCGAAAACAACAUGUUUGAAAACCUCGGAUCCUCUCUUCAGUCCAUGAGAGAUUCCCGGCUGGUGGAUCUGGAUCUGAGUUGCUGUUCCUGCAAUGUUAAAGCCAUGAGGGAUCUCACCGCAAGCCUGAUGAAUCCGCACUGUAAAGUCAAGAGAUUGAGCCUGAGAAAGUGCAGCCUUUCUUCAAGUCACUGUGAGGAUUUGGCCUCCAUUCUCUGCUCCUCGACCUCAAGCCUGAAGGAGCUGGACCUGAGAGAAAACGACCUGCAGGACUCAGGAGUGGAGCUGCUCUCCUCUGGACUACAGAACUCACAAUGCACACUGGAGAUACUGAGACUGUCAGCCUCCAAACUCACCUUGGCGUCCUGGAGGUGUUUGACAUCAGUCUUCCAUGGGGAACUGGACCUGAGUGAGAGCAGGCUGCUGAUGUCAGAGCUGGAGCAGCUGUCGGCAGCAAUGAGGAGCCAAGACUGCAGAGUGAACACACUCAGGCUGAAGCAGUGCUUUCUGAAGAAUAACUACUGUGAGGUUUUGGCUUCAGUCCUCAGUUCAGAUGGGUCCCACCUGAAGGAGCUGGACCUGAGUGACAACGACCUGCAGGACUCAGGAGUGGAGUUGCUCUCCUCUGGACUGCAGAGCCCACAGUGCACACUGGAGAUACUGAGGUUGUCAUUCUGUGGUGUGACUGAAAAUGGCUGUGAGUUUCUGGCUUCUGCCCUGAGUGCAAACCCCUCCUACCUGAGAGAGCUGGACCUGAGCUACAAUCACCCAGGAGAGACUGGAGUCAAGCUGCUCACUGAGAGAAAGGAUGACCAAGACUGCAAACUGGACACAUUCAUUGUUGAUCAUGAUGCAGAGUGUUGGCUCAAGUCGGGACUGAAGAAAUAUGCCUGUGAGCUCACUCUGGACCCCAACACAGCCCACCGUGACAUUUCCCUCUCCAAGGAUCAUCAGAAGCUGACUGUCUCUGAACAGAACUAUCCCGACCACCCGGACAGGUUUAGGAAAUAUGAACAGGUGCUGUGUCGAGAGGGCCUGACUGGACGCUGCUACUGGGAGGCAGAAUGGGACACGGCAAUGAUGUAUGUAGGAGCGGCGUACAGGAAACAAGGAAUAAAAGAGAGAGACUGUCGUCUGGGAUUCAACGACACAUCCUGGGGCCUGCUGUGUCAGUAUUCAUCAAACUCUUUAUAUCGCCACAGCUACACUGCCAGCCAUGACCGUAAGGCCUCGCCCAAAGUUUCCCUUACAUUUGACUGCAACAGAGUAGGAGUGUUUCUGGACUGGCCAGCCGGCACUCUGUCCUUCUACAGCGUCUCCUCUGACACACUCACCCACCUGCACACAUUCCACCACAAAUUCACAGAGCCCCUCUGUCCAGGGUUUGGCUUAGAUGUGCCUGGGAUAUCACACAUAGUAGGCAUUAACGAUUCCAUUUCCCUCUGUCGGGUUUGACAGUGUUUCAUGUACUGCUGCCAUCUAUGGGGAAAAUGAAGAACAGCAGGUUCUGGAUUCUGCUCUCCCAAACAUUUGUGAAGACAACAAACUAAACCAAAUGCAGAACAGGCACUCAUACAGUGCCAAUAUAAAUCAU